AUGGCAGUAUUGGCACCAUUUGUGGACGCUGUGGGCGGCUCUCAGGUACGCUCACGGCGCCGCACAGGCGGCCCCUCAGCAGUCCUUUUUCCUGAAGAUGAAUACGACCAGAUGCAAGUCGAACGCAUCCUCAAAAGCCUCGAGGACGGUUCUGUCCCUUCUGCCGCAUCGGAUAUCGAAGAACUCAUGAGAUCCCUACUUCAAGCUGCAGGGAACCACCGUGGCGGGGGAGCAUUACGGGCCAGGCCACUAGCUGCACAUUUGGAGCAAAACCCAGAAUUCCUUACGGAGACAUUGCCAUUCAUGGCGAGUGUUGCUCGGCAUCUACGCGAUCUCUUCCCACAGGGACUGCCUCAUCUGUCGCCGUCGAAUUCCGCGACGCAUCUGCGGCGAAUUCAAGUUUAUGCUUUGCUGUCUGCGAGUUUCUUCGGGAUAAUUCCUCAUGGGCAGCGGGAUUUGUUGAGUGAUUGGGGCAAUUUGCGUCUCAAUGCGCUGGACAUGCAUCACCGGGGCUUCUUUGAGCGGGCGCCAAAGUUCCAAGCUCUUCUGGCUUACUUUGGCGCCAUGCAUAAGCGGAUGGGCAGCUGCUGGAUGCAGAUGCUCGAGCGAAAUGACUUCUCAGAGGCGAAGUGCCCCUCCACCUGUUUGUGUCAAGAAGGACGGACGCUAGACAUUGCUCCAGUUGACGAAAAGAUCAGCUUUUACUUGCACACUCCGGAGCCCACCACGUUCACGGGGCCCAAGGGAGAACAGGUGUCUCGAGACAAGGUCGAUGUUGAUGAAAUGAUUACUCAGCCAAUUCCCCUCACAAAAUUGGUGGUCCAACUAGAUGGGGAUAUUACGAAGAGUGAUGGAAAUUUGCAAGUAGACUUUGCAGAUCAGUUUGUUGGGGGCCUGGCCAUGUUUAGGGACCACGUGGCCCAGGAAGAACUGCUUUUCACGCUGAGGCCCGAGAUGCUCGCAGUUAUGCUGAUCACGGCCGCCCUUAAGGAUCAUGAGGCAAUUGUUAUUAAGGAGGGCUGCCACUGGAGCGUCCACGGCCGAACUCCCGUGGACCACAUGGGACGGCGGGAGACAACUGUAGUCGCUAUAGAUGCCCUUGAGCUUAAGCAUGACAGGCAAAGGCAAUACACCACUAAGAAUUUAAAACGAGAGAUCCUCAAGGCAGCCCUUGGCUUUCAGGGGGAUCCAUUUGAAGAUACACUUCCUGGGACAAGAGCUGGGGUUGCGACUGGCAAAUGGGGAUGUGAAAUAUUUGGCGGUAACACCCAAUUAAAGACUUUACUGCAGUGGAUUUCCUCAAGUGGUUGUGGGCGAGAUAUGUACUUCAUGGGAUUCAAUGACAAGAGAUUGGCAGGCAUGGAGAAAAAGCUGUCGGAAAUUGGCAAGAGAUUCCCUACCACUAAGGAUCUCUUCGACGCGAUCGUACGGUGUAUUGAGCAGACUGGGGGGAGACCUAGCCGCGAAUGGAGCCUCUGGGAUUCUCUGCUAAAGCUAGAACCAACGACGUCACAUUGA